AUGAAGCUCUUCGUCGCUGCUGCCUCCUUGGCCACUCUUUUCCUCUCUUCCGUGCAGGCCGUGCCCGUUGAGCAGCCCGAAGAUGCCACCACCGCUGCCGCUACGGUCUCGGUCUCAUAUGACCCAAAGUAUGAUGUGGGCGGCACCUCCUUGAGCACGGUCGCCUGCUCAGAUGGUGUGAAUGGGCUCCUCACCGAGGGCUUCACUACCUUCGGCUCAGUGCCGGGCUUCGCCAAUAUCGGUGGUGCGCCCACCAUCCCGGGAUGGAACAGCGAAAACUGUGGCAAGUGCUACCAGCUGCAUUACAAGGCGGGCAAAAUCGACAAAUCGAUCUACGUGACAGCCAUCGACUCUGCGCCCGGCGGCUUCAACCUUGCCCUCGGGGCUAUGAACAAGCUGACCAACGGACUGGCGGAGCAGCUGGGCCGUGUGCAGGCCACUUACACUGAGGUGGACCGGUCUCUGUGUGGAUUCAAGUAA